CUUAGGGGAUGUGGGCGGAGGACAGCUGGGGGAGGGAGAGGAAAGCAGAGAGAGAAGGCUGGGGCUGUGGGACGGGGGCGGAGUACAGAAAGUGCUCAGGCUGUUGGCCGACAGUGGAAAGUAGGUCUGUGAGUUUUUCUGAGUGGGGACAUGAGAAAAUGAAACAGAGGAACUGCAUGUGAGACAACGAAAGCGGCGAUUUCAGCUCAGUUGCUCUGGACUGGUACAGGAAGAGAGGAAAGGGGAAAAUUUAGGUUCAAAUAGGCUGAGGACUUGCCUGAAAGAGAGGCAAAAAACAAAAUGACUCAGACAGUCUUUCCCUAAAGGGAUCUCUGAGUAAACCAGUCAGACAGGAAGAUGGUGAAGGUACAACUGACGAAAGGAGACGAGCAGAAGGCUGAUACUCUUAAAUGAGCGCGUCUGAUCGGAUAGAGCAGGCAGGGGAGGGGCGAGGAUAUCUGAAAUCAUAGCCAAAGUCACAGACAGCCGACAAGGCAGGAAGUUGUGAAAGACGCAGAAAAGGAGACAGGGGGUGAGGAGGCUAACGGGUGAGGUUAGCGGAGGAGUGCGGUAUGAGGGGACAGUUAUUGAAGCAAUUCCUCUCUUUGAUGAUCACUCUCCUGUUUUUGGGGAGCCUGUUGACUACUCUCUUCUGGUACAUGCUGGACAACACAAGCAAAGAACAUAAAAUAAAAAUCCCUCAAAAGAAAGGUCCCCCUGAGCCGUCCAACCCCUGUAAAGACUGCGGUGAGAUCAUCAACAAAGCAAUUGAGAUUUACUCUCACGACUGGAAGAAGCAGGAGGACAAUUAUCAAAAUUUCAGGUCUCAGCUGAGAACCCGGUGCCGUGGCUUUGAGAAGGCCAUUCUCACCCAGGCCAACACCCAAGUGGGAUCGAAGCUGGUUUACGAUGGAGAAAAGAAGAGGAGCAUCAAGAUUACGCCGGAGAUUUUCAGCACCUUUCCAAAAGAGCUUCCUUUCUCAAAUAAAACACUGAACACUUGUGCUGUCGUUGGAAAUGGUGGAAUCCUGGUCAACAGCAGCUGUGGGGAAACAAUCGAUUCAAAUCAGUUCAUCAUCAGGUGCAACCUGCCUCCUUUGUCAAACGCAUAUCAGAAACACGUUGGAAUCAAAACAGAGCUUGUGACAGCAAAUCCAAGCAUCCUCUUCGAAAAGUAUGGUGCUCUGAUGGGACGUCGGCGCCCAUUUGUGGAGAGUCUGCACACCUACGGAGCUAACACCCUGCUGCUCCUUCCUGCUUUUUCCUACGGUCACAAUACUCCUGUAUCUUUGCGGACUUACUACACAAUUGAGGACUUUGGAAUCUCCACCCGAACCAUCUUCUUCAACCCAGAGUACCUCCAAAGUCUGGCCCUGUUCUGGCGCUCUCAGGGCCUGAGGGCAGUGCGGCUAAGCACUGGCAUCAUCAUGGCUAGUUUAGCCCUGGAACUCUGUUCCAACGUGGAUCUGUAUGGAUUUUGGCCCUUCAGUGUCCACCCACAUGGCUUUCAUGCCCUGACUAACCACUAUUAUGACAACAGACAGACUAAAACAAAGUUCCAUGCCAUGCCGGCUGAGUUUGACCUCUUGCUGAAGCUGCACAGUCAGGGGGUGCUCAGACUUCAUCUGGGGGACUGCAAAUAGGAACAAAAGUAGUCCCGGUGAACUAGUAGGAAAGUGCCUUCUCUGUGGCCUCAGGAUGAAGCUGGUCCUAGUAUCCACCUUGCUCAGUCUCUCAGUCUCUCCACCACUAUCCACAAAACGUGCACUGACAAUCAGAGGACUGUAAGACUUUAUACUGUCUAAAACACUGUGCUAGUCUAUUUUAUUAGAAUGAGUCUGGAUGAAUUUAUUUAGAUAGCAUUUUGUGAGGCCCUGCAUUGCCUUAGGUUAACCACUUAUGGACAAAAGUGCUUUGAUCCGUUUGAAUGCGUUAUGAUGAAAAUCAGACAACUCUUUUGACAUGAAGAUUGCCUGGCUAAAACUCGUUUAUAUGAAGACACCAUUUUACACUUUUCUGACUAAACACAUAACAUGUUUAAGGUACUUGAACACAUUUCUAUUUUCCUGAGCCUGCUGGUUGCUGGGGAUGAACUCGGUACUGUGGUUGAACUGCUGAUGCCAUUGCCGCCUUAAAUACAAACGGUCAUGUUUAGUCCUCCGACCUGAGAUAGGCAUGAAGCCAAGAACAGCACUCCACAAACAGAAAUAGGACUCUUACAAAAGAGCUUGGGUCACUGCCUACAAAAAUUCUUGCAGUGGGCUUGUGUUUCCAUCUCUUUACUACCACUGAGUGUUGGCACAUGUGUUGGUACGAUUUUGAUUAAUGUUGAUAUUAUUGUAAAGUGCACUUUGGCUCUUUGGCUGUAAAGUGUUGCUUUCUGUUGCAACAAUCAAACCUUGAAGUGACUUAUGCCUGGGACGUUUGUCUUUAAACUGACACACAAGAAGUCUAAAUACUGUCUUAGUUUUUGUGGCAAACAGCAUAAAACUGAACAUGACCAAACUUGACAACCCUCUGUGUGUUAACUGUACAAUCCAGUGAACACGUGUGACCUUUUCUAAUGACUCACUGAGGAAAAUUAAGGAUGAGUGAAUAAAAGUUUAUUUGACAAUAAACUGUAGGGGGGUGCUCACCUCCAUGUGUGAUAUAGUAUUGGUUGUGACUGGAAAUCGCUCAUUUAUUUGUGUUCUUUAAGAUUAUGCACUUUUUUUCAUAAUUUAUGCUGUAUAGCCUUGUUUUAACAAGUGUUGCCAAUCUGUCUAUUAGACUUUUUAUUUGGUUCUGUUCCUAAACUUCUGCCAUUUAAAUAUCACUCCUGUUUAAACACCCCCCCAAUUCUUAUUUAUUCAAAACAUCAAAACAUCUAGAGGAUAUGUUAACAGAGGGUGUGGAAUGUAUGAGGGCAGUUUUUUUCUCUCAUAGUAGUGGUUUCUGUAUCCUACCUUUAAAAGGCCAUCUGCAGAGAAUGCAUGCAUUCUUACAAUUAAUCCUUUAACUGGAUGAAUGCUUGUUAGUUUUUAGAGAAUACAUUGUACUGCCACGAGUUGCCGCUUCUUAAUUCAAACUUGGAGAAUACACUCAUAGCACCAGCAGCUACUUUGUACCUUAAGCUCUUUUAAUGUUUUAAAAAAAGACUUAAUUCUACAGGACAUUCAGAAUAUAAUUUCCAUUUGUAGUAUUUUAAAUGCUAAAUCUUAUUAUUUUUUGUUUUACUGACACCACACAAAAGAAACAGACUUCCUUCAGCAGGCAUUAUUAAUAUGUUUUCUCUUUAAAAAAAGAAAUCCCCCUUUCACACACAAGCUGCAGUUUUCACCCAAGACUGUGAACAGAAAAUAUCAAUGAGUCAGGAUCACCUCCAGAAUGCAGACUUUGAUAAACGCAUGUAAAAACACAAACCCGCGCGCAGUGGGAUGCAGAAAUUGUUAUCUGACUAGUUUUGUUGUACAUUCGACAUGACUGACUAUAGCUAUCUUAACACCAGAGAUUUUCAGCAAAAAAAAAAGCCAACAUUUUGGUCUCGACUGCUGGAAGCUUUCUGCCAAAGAUCUGCAUUCACCGCUGAAAUA